UAUUUUUUAAGCAGCAAAAGAGAAUACUGAAGAACAAGAUGUUGUGACAACGUAUUUACAAUCAGUGACAAUCAUGCAUGUGAACUCUCUCUUGGAUAAAGAGAACAGCAUGUAUCCAGGAUCUGCAAGGGCUAAUAACAACCUGCCAGUGCAAAACUUUGUGUCUACUCCACCCUAUUCAGAUUACAUGGGAUAUCAUCAUGUGCCAACUCUGGACACCCAUGGACAGCCUGCGGGAGCCUGGGGAUCUCACUAUGGCCCACAGCGGGAGGACUGGAACGCUUACGGCCCAGGACCUUCCAGCACAGUUGCUGCUGCACAGAUCAAUGGCUCGUCUCCUGGACAGGUCUCCUACAGUUCUGCUGAUUAUAGCUCCCUCCAUCCCGCUGGAUCCGGGGGAUUACCUCCUGUAGAUACCAUUAAUGCACAGCAAAUCUCUCCCAACAGCCAAAGGCACAGCUCUUACGAAUGGAUGAGGAAAACAGUGCAAGCUAACACUACUGGUAAAACAAGAACAAAAGAAAAGUACCGAGUUGUUUACACAGAUCAUCAGAGACUAGAAUUAGAGAAGGAAUUUCACUGCAACAGAUACAUUACAAUAAGGAGAAAGUCAGAACUUGCAGCAAACCUGGGACUAUCUGAAAGACAGGUGAAAAUCUGGUUCCAGAAUCGCCGAGCAAAAGAAAGAAAAAUUAUCAAGAAGAAAAUAUCUCAGUUUGAUGGCAGUGGGGGCUCAGCUCAGAGUGACACUGGUUCACUGAGUCCAAAUGAAAUAUCCAGUUCUCUUUUCCAAUCACCACAUGGAAUAAAUGGAUUACAGCCUAAUGAUAUUCAUCAAGUCAUAGUUUCAGAAUGAAUGGGGGGCGGGGGAGCAAAAAGAAAAAGCAAGAAUGGAUUUCCCCUGCAACCGCCCCCUCCUCCCCCAAGAAAAUCUCAACUCUGCAAA